CUGGCUGCUUUGAAUAUGCCAGCUACACAAAAGAGGCAGCGUGUCUCCAUUGCUUGUGUACCGUGUAGGAAGAAGAAACGUCGGUGUGAUGGGAAGAAGCCCAUUUGCCAAGUCUGCGAAAGAGAAGAUCGCGAAUGCGGAUACACAUAUCAUCUUGAGAAGCGAAAGCCUCCUACCAAGUGCUACAUACAUGCACUGCAUUCCAGGAUUGCUUUCCUAGAACACCAACUUGCAACAACCCGCAAUGGUGCAGAACAAGGUAGGUUUCUGACCGUGGGUUUAGGCAAUGACGAGGAAGCUUUGUUACCGCCUAGUGUAGAGCCUGCAUCACAAGGCGUUUCGGGCUUCAGGCGAGAUUUCCGACUUUCAGGGGCGUACGGACUGUUCUGCUCUAGUGAGCUUGACAAACAACGGCGAAGCUCUAGCGGGGUGAGCAUCUUGGAACAUGUGGAUUCACAGUCAGUAGAGCCGUUGUUACUUCAUCCAGAUGCACAAAGCCAGCUUCUAGACGAUUUUUGGACCUGGAGAAAUACUUGGCCAGUCCUAGUCCAUGAGCCUCUAUUCCAGAGAGACUUAGCCAACGGUGGGGUCAAAGUUUAUGCCACCCCAACCUUAUUGUCAACAAUACUAGCCUUCAGCUCCCAGUAUACCAGUGAUGCACAGCUCAGUAUCUGGAGAACAUCAGGCGAGGCUCUUGCUAAACAUGCAAAAAGCGAAAUACUCGCGCAAAUAGAAUACCCCAAUCUGUCCCUUGUCCUGGCAGCAGCUAUUAUCGCUCUAAGGGAGUUAGCAGUUGAUAAUCUGGCAUCUGCUUCGCAGUAUAUAGGGAUCGCCCUUCGACAUUCUUUGACUCUUGGACUUCAUGUCGAGACUUCUAAAAUGGAUGACUCGAUACAAGGCGUGCAAGAGGUUCAAGAAGCCAAGUCACUUGCAUGGUGGAGUGUCUGGCUCCUGGAAAAACACAUAGCGCAAAUCCUCGGGCAGCCAAGCGGUCUACACGAUGGUGACAUGCGUCCAGGACCAGUCCCCAUCCUCCCGAGUGUCGAAUAUCGCCUAUGGCCGACUUCAGACAUGACAGACCAGAAACUGGCGUUUUCCAGUAUGUCAAAUCUUCAAUAUGCGUGUAAACUAUUGCGCAUGGUAUUACCUGUGCUGGACGAAAUUCAUGCACUGGCAUCUCCUCUCAGCAUACACGAAAAGGAAGAGAGAGUUACGCAGACUCAUGUCGCCAUGUCCGAAUUCUACAAUAACUUGCCGAGUCAUCUCAGACUCCCUGCCACCGGUACGAAGCAGUUGAGCCCACCUGUUUACCAGUUCAACUUGCUAUAUCACACUUUGAAGAUCAUGCUUCAUCGUCCGUUUAUCAAUGCGGUCCCGUCAAUGCAUGAUUUGGAAGAACUCAAGCGCCCGCAAAUGGUACAUAUCCAGUCAUCAACCUUUUCAGCUAUUCGCAUAACAUCUAUUGUAAAUGCGUAUAGAAACUUCUAUCCAUUGGAAACCCUGUCCCCACUCGCUGUCUAUAGCUUGGCAACUUCGUCUCUCAUGCAUCUUUCAAAUGGAAACUCGGCGGAUGCCACUCUGUCGCAACGGACAACGCAACUUUACCGUCUGAACCUCCGUUUCCUUGGCCAAAUGAGCUCAACGAGCAAUAGCAGCUCUCGCGCAAUCAAGGCUCUUAAAUCCUUAGAAUGUGACGGGGAUGCAUCAAUCCAAUUGAAUACCACGAAACCAUCCGUGCGUGACCGCGGAGCAGAAUGUGAUGGUUCCGUUUCCGCGGGGCAAAGAGGAACGCCAACCACAGCACUGGAAUCGAUGAACAAUUUCAACCACUUAGACUUCAUAGAGAAUGCUUUCGAUUGGUUACAGCUGCCUCUGAAUGACCAACUCAUCUUUGAUGAUGUUAUCGAGAGCUCUUUGUGGGAGGAGGUAUGUGAAAGCUAUGACCCCAUGGGCGGCAUACCGCCUCUCCACGGAAACCUAUAGGUAGGGCGUCGGUCAAAACAUUAUGGUUGUGCUGGAUCUUCUGGGAUAACUCUUUGCAGGUGGAGAAUUGGACAAGACAAGGCUUGGCUUUGUUCAUUCUCUGGAAAGCAAAGGCCCGUUUUUCCCGUGAA